UUAGUUGGGUAUAUAAUGCGCAGGGGGAUUUUGGUUUCCGUGGGCUCUUAAAUGAUACUUGAUUAUUUAAUGAGUUUCUUUCUAAAGAAAGUUGGUCGAGUGGCGACGCUCAUUUGCAUGACGCGUUUUACGCACUCCACGCACGCUGUUGCGUAUGACGCAUUCGUAUAACAGGCUCCAUUUUCUGUUGUUGCUCGCCAUUUUGUCGUCGCUGAGAGGGAGUGAGUUUCGUUUAGGGAGAGAUCAAUUCAAUUAUAAAAACAAGCGCGAUUUAAAACAUUUGAUUCCGAGUUUAAUAAAGCAGACAGAAAAAGCAACCCAGCGCCCACUUACCUCGACCAUAAAGACACGGGGAAAAAAAGUUUUAUUCUCGGAGCGAAAAGAGUGUGCAGUGUUGCUGAAGGAAAAUGAGCGCGCCAUCCAAUCAGAAGGUUGUGCUGAAAAGCACCACCAAGAUGUCCUUGAACGAGCGCUUCACAAACAUGCUGAAGAACAAGCAGCCGCUGCCGGUGAAUAUCCGCGCCAGCAUGCAGCAGCACCACACGGCCAGCGCCCGCAACCGUCGGCUGGCCCAGCAGAUGGAGAACCGUCCGUCCGUGCAGGCGGCGCUCAAACUCAAGCAGAGUCUGAAGCAGAGGCUGGGGAAGAGCAACAUCCAGGCGCGGCUGGGCCGGCCCGCCGGGGGCCUGCUGCGCGGGGGUCCAGGGGGCAGGGGCUUCCCCAUGGGGGGUCUCAGAGGGGUGACCAGAGCGGGCUUCAGAGGAAGAGGCAGGGGAGGGCCUGGCAGGGGUGCCCUGGCUCUCAGAGGUGCAGGGAUGAUGCGCGGCCGGGGCGGUGCCCCCAGGCUGGCUCUGAGAAGGGGGCUGCGGCAGCGUGGAGGGAUGAUGGGGCGCGGAGCGGCUCUAAUGGGCCGAGGGGCUGGGGGGCUGGGCCGAGGAGGACUGGGAGGCAGAGGUCGUGGAGGAAUGGGGCUCCGAGGGCGUGGCGGGUUUGUCGGGCGUGGCAGGGGUCGCGGCCGCGGGAGGGCGUUGGGACACCCCAACGUCACCAGAGAACAGCUGGACAAUCAACUGGACGCCUACAUGUCCAAAACCAAGGGACACCUGGAUGCAGAGCUGGACGCUUACAUGGCCCAGGCAGAAGCAGACGGCAAUGAAUAACACUGACCCAGACACUGGAGCCCAACUGUAAAUACCCUGCUCUGACUCCCACACACACACACUCACACACUCGCAACCGCUCCCUCUCGCACGCACACAGACCCAACACACAGCUGCAGUGAAGAUAUGGAGUGCCUCGAAUCUUGUUUCUGGGGAAACACAAAUGUACUGCCAGUUGAAUUUUUUGGGCAUGCUAACUUGGGUGACCUUUUUUGUUUUGUUUUGUUUAAAUAGCUCCCGCCCCCCGUAGACACACACACACUAUUUUGUGAGUUCUGGAAUACCUCCCUCUCACUGAAUUGAACUGACGGUUUUAAAAUGUUGCAGACCCUCCUAUCCUUUUGGAUGUUAAGCCUGUUCUGUGUGAAUUCUCCAGUUUUAUUUUUUAUAUAUUAGUUUUUUGUUUUUUUUUUAAAUAAAAAGUUUAAUUAUAAAGUUUGAA